UUCUAACCAGCAGUGCUCAUAAUUGAAAUUGCUGUAAACCACGCACUCAAGCUCAAAACACACCACGCUACCUGCAUUUUUUGCCUGCGACCAAAGUCCGCCAGUAUCUUUUAGCCACCGAGAUCACUCGCCGCGACCAAGAUCACCAUGUGGUCUACUAAAUACCAAGUACGAGCACAUUCACCCUAUGUUUCGGAGCAUCCUAUGGAUCUCUCCUUCGCCGAAGGAGAUGUCAUUGAUGUUCUUGGCGAAGAGAACAGUGAUUGGCUGAAUGGAUGCACCGAGGAUGGCCGAUUUGGCAGUUUUCCAAAGCAGUACGUAAGUGAAUCCCAGCAGAGUCUUACACCGCAACCCAACCUUCGCCAGGGCAGUGCAGAGUAUGAUAUGGUUGCUGCAAAACCUGUACCUCCUGCACGGCCAGAAGCUCGACCAGCCGUUCCUGUAUCCACCAGACCGACCUCUCAUUCAACGGCCGCAAAGGCAGUCCCCACGCCCCCACCUCGCCAUCCACCCGCUAUGCCCAAACGCCCGUCAAAUAACAAGUCGGCAGCCCAGGACAUACCCGAAAUUGGACGCUAUAUACCAGAUAAUUCCCAGGAUAUUAUAGAUAGAUUAAGAAGCACCACCCCGGUCACAACACCGGACUUCACUGAACCGAUUUACUGGGAAGAAAGUGAUAUGGCAGAGCUGGACGAGUAUGCAAGAGCUUGCCCGCCUGAAUAUACCCAUUCUGUUCAGGACCUUGCCGCUUACCUCACCGACCCGUUCCCAGAACCUCUGCACAAAAUUCGCGCUAUCUUCGCGUGGGUGACCGAUAAUAUCUCCUAUGAUGUGCAUUCAUUUUUGAAUCAUCUCAGGAAGUCGCAAGAGCCACAGGAUGUACUCAAGUCAAGAUCUAGUGUUUGCGAAGGUUAUGCUCGACUGACUCAAGCACUAGGUGAAGCCUGCCGUCUUCCUAUCCGUAUGAUAACUGGGUAUGCAAAAGGUGCAUUUUUGAAACCGCAAAAAGGCAUGAGAGUAGACGAUCGAGGUGGCCAUGCUUGGAAUUGCAUCCUACUCCAUGGACAAUACCUUAUGAUUGAUUCUACGUGGGGAGCUGGUCAUUUGAAAGCUGAAGGCGCCCCUUCCUUCAACAAGGCAUUCAAUCCAUUUUUCUUCCUGACCGAUCCAACCAACUUCAUUUACUCUCACUUUCCCAAAGACGUGAAUGAUCAGUUCUUGAACCCUCCUUUCUCUGAGUCCGAAUUCUUUGAUCUACCUUGGACAAAAGAGACGUAUCAUCGACACAACCUUUUAUUACUCUCGCCCAAACCAAGAACCAGUGUGAUGGAAACAAAUGAUGAUACGUUAGACAUUUUCAUUGAAGUGCAAGGUAAAGGAGCUGCUAGUAAAGUGGACAAAAUUGGUGGGCAGCUCAAAAGCAAGGACGGUCGUGCUCAGCCAGCCAUAGGCCAAAGAGCUGUUGGUUACAAAGCAGAAGGACGGGAUGUGUGGUGGAUUCAUGUUGUAUGUUCUGGAUCCGGAGAGUUCGAACUGGAAUUAUUUGUAUACGAGUCUGCUGCUGACAAUAGGGUAAGUGCUGAGCUUCCGUUAUUUUAAUCGGUCUGUCUGGAUACAAAAAUUAACGACAAUCAAAAAUCGCUGAAUUUUCUCUAAACUUGGCACUUCAGAAUGCUUCGUUAGGAAAUA